UAUUCUCCCUUCACUUCUCCUUUUACACAAAUAGUUUCAACAUCCGUGUUACCAGCCUUCUCACGGCCACCUAUAGGAUAAUCAUCAAUUCUACCUAAAGGACUGAAGAAAAUUGCCUGCAAAAGUGCAAGAAUAUUCCAGCAUGGGCAUGAGUAGCUUGAAAUUGCUGAAAUAUGUCCUAUUUUUCUUCAAUUUGCUCUUUUGGUUUUGCGGCUGCUGCAUUUUGGGCUUUGGGAUAUACUUCCUGAUCCACAAUGACUUUGGGGUACUCUUCCAUAACCUCCCCUCCCUCACGCUGGGCAAUGUGCUCAUCAUCAUCGGCUCCAUUAUCAUGGUGGUUGCUUUCCUGGGCUGCAUGGGCUCCAUCAAGGAGAACAAGUGCCUGCUUAUGUCGUUCUUUGUUCUGCUGCUAAUUAUCCUCCUUGCUGAAGUGACCUUGGCCAUCCUGCUCUUUGUGUAUGAACAGAAGCUGAAUAAGUCUGCGGCUGAGGGCCUGACCGACAGCAUCCAGCGAUAUCACUCGGACAAUAACACCAAGGUAGCAUGGGACUCCAUCCAGAAACAUCUGCAAUGUUGUGGUGUAAAUGGCACAAGUGAUUGGACCGGCAGCCCACCAGCAUCUUGCCCUUCUGAUCCACAAGUUAAGGGUUGCUAUAUAAAAGCAAAACUGUGGUUUCAUUCCAAUUUCCUAUAUAUUGGCAUCAUCACUAUCUGUGUAUGUGUGAUCCAGGUGUUGGGGAUGUCCUUUGCACUGACUCUGAACUGCCAGAUUGAUAAAACCAGCCAAGCCCUAGGGCUGUGACCUGCUAUAGUCUUUGCUGGAAAGACUUGUUCUAAAACCACUUGUAACCGGAAGCCCUGUAAGAUUACUUCCUGGACUGAAUUUUUUGUCCAAUUCUCAUUUUCCCAUUUUGGUCCCUGUCUCAUACAACCAAAGAAGAGGAUGUUGGCCAGGCACUUCCCAUCUCAGGAAACAAGACAAUCAUUUACCUACUCAAGGUAUCAGCCAUGUCACUCAAGGUAGUGACACUAAUACCUGAGCAUUUUUCAGACACAAGAGGAUGAGAGAAUCUACAGCACUAAUGGCUCGAGAUCAAAGGAUGGGUCCAGGACUUGAGAUUUUUCAUUUUCCUAUUGUCAAACAAGUCUCUAGUCUCUAAAUCAUUCCCAGUUCAUUCUCCAAAGU